AGCUCAUUGGCUGUGUGAUAAUCUUUAAAAGACACAGGAAGUGAAGCAGACAUUGCAGAGAGGGCCAGAGAGGUGUUUGUAUCACAGCAUUCCUUGUUUAUUACCGUUAAACCUGGAAUGUAGUAGCGCUACACUGAGAUAAAAAGAAACAUGGUGGGCUCUCUCAGGCCCCGAAAAUCUGUGGACUACAGCAAAGCUCCCGCGCCAGGAACACCGACAUGGCUGAAGCUUACACGUGAAGAUGGAGAGGAGGACGCAGCUAACACUGCAGGCACAGAAAAAGAGAAUACCAAGCCUGCAUCAGCCGAGCGCAAAACGAAGAAGGCAGAAGUAAAGGCGGCUGAUGUCCAUCCUGCAAAGGAGCAGAAGCAGGGCAAGGGGAGACCUCCCUUGGCUCGAAAGGACGAAGCUGAGGAUGUGACGACAGAGGCAGCUGCAGCCAAGAAAGCCAAUGCAGACGCAGUGGACCACCAAGCUGCUGUGGCUGAGGGUCCAUCCACCAGUGGAGACAACGUCAAGGGAAAUAAAAAGGGAGGUGGACAAUCAGCCAAAGAUGUGAAGGGUGAUGCAGCAGAGCAGAAGAGCAAGGCAAGAAAAUCCGCGCCAGCACCGCCCAUUGCAGAAGAGCGGCCAGUCCAGAAGGACAGCAAGCGCAAAUCUGCCCCAGAGCAGCUCUCAAACAAGCGGGCUGUGCCAGAGCCCUCCAAAGAUGCCAAGCCAGCAGGCAAAGCUGCAAAGAAAGCCAAGACUUCUGCAGCCGCCGAAGCACCAGAGCUUGCUCAGCAACCAAGGACAAGCGGCGUUGCUGAGCCUCAGCCAGCUCGCAGCUCUGACAGCUGGAAGACUUCUUCCAGGGCAUCCAAGGGAAAGGAGGCACAGGAGCAGGCUGUCAGCCAGCCAGCCGCAGAAGACAGCAAAGCGCAGCCAGCAAAGGAGCUGGCUCCAGACAAGCCGAGGCACGCAGAGAAGAAGGCAGACAAGCCUGCUUCAGCACGGCCUGUCAGCAGGCAGCAGCAGCCUCCUGCCUUGCCACCCCCGCAUGCACCAGAUACAGCUACAGAGUCUAACAACUUCAAGAAGUUGCAGGUGGAGUACGCGGCACUGCAGAGCAAGUAUGAGGCGAUCAAGAAGCAGCGGAUUCAGCAGCUGGAAACCAUGCUUGGGGAGCAGAGCAGCAAGGCAUGCACACCAUAUCCUACUGCAAUGGAGCACCGUGAGUCAGCGCUGAAGCUGGCAGAGCACUGGAAGAUGGAGGCAGAACGUCAGGCAGCAUUCGCACAGGAGGCGGGCUCUGCCAAGGUGAGGGAGGCGCAGGAGCGGCUGGCGCAGGAGAACAGCACACUGCGCGCACAGCUCAUGGAGACAGAGGCCGCGCUGCUGGCAGAGCAGGAGGCCGUGGCCGACCUGAAGCAUGCGCUGGCCGCAGCCGACCGCCGCCACGCGACGCCUCUGAAGGCCGACCAGGCCGUGCAGGUGUCGCCAAACUGGCUAAGGAUGCAGGCACAUGAUGGCGCACAGGAGGCGCGUGCUUUCUGCCCAGAGGGUGCGAAUGUCAGCGAUCUCUACAGCCACCCUGCACACCCUCACGGCUCCCCAGCCACCGCCAUGUCCUGCCCGACUCCAGUGAGCGGGAAGGUGCAGUGCUGUCCCAGCGCUAAGCCGCUGGUCCCGUACUCCAUCGGCUGCUCUGUCAUGCAGCCGCGCAGCCGCUUUGCUGCCGACGCCGAUGCUGCCGCACCGCAGCUGGAUGCCGUGCAGGAGGAGCCACAGGCGGCAGAAACUGUACUCGAGGCCCCGGGGACAGCGCCGCACGCUCAGGCCGCCUCGGCCCCGGCCAUCCUCAACAGGACAGCUUGGCCGGAGAUCGCCAAAGACGCCAACCUCUCUUCACCCUCAGGCACGCUCUGCCUGACCUGUAGAGCGACAAAGGAGAUUGUGCCGGGUUCAGAGGCACAAUCUGCCGUCGGGCAGGGGGCUGUGGCGCUGCCCCCACCCCAGGUGGGCGGCAGCCAGCUCUCCAACAUGACUCAGAAGGCCCUGAACACGCUGGUGGGCUUGGAGGCAGCGCCGGCAGAGGGCGGCGGAUUCACAUACACGCACCACGAAAGCGGAUUCGUAUUUGAAAUCGCGCCCAUUGACGAGGAGAGCGAGGAUGCCAUCAUGGACGGCGUGCAGGAGCUGGCCUUCAACCCCAUCAAGAUGGGCUUUGCCUCCAAGGUGCUGCCGGGCUAUCUGCAUGAGGAGAUCAUCUUUGCAGCCAUGCAGAAGCAGAAGCUGGUGGGGCGUAUAAUGGAGGCGCUCGGCACAUUCACUCUGCGCGAGGCCAGGGAUGGCAAGCCGGCGCAGCCCGCCUGAGCAGAUCUGCAAAUCAUAGUCCUCUUUUGAGAUCCUUACAACGGCUAUGCAGGUCUCUGAGGUUACAGAACUGAAACAGGACAGCACAGGGGCCACCAGGCUUCCAUCAGGGGUUAAAACAGACGCGCAUGGCUCACUUGUGAACUUAAAAAUUUGAUCAGGGGGACAAUUACUUUUUGAGAUAUUGACUGGCCUGCAGCGUAUCACUUGGAUCUGGACAAUGGGAACACGGGGAUGCAUACGGGAUGCUGAGGAGCCUGACCCAAAGUUGUUUGGACAGGCUAGUAAACAACCUUUGGGAAAAUCGUUCUCUGAGCACUCUUGUCCAAUGCUUUUUACAGGCUUCAACUUCGUACAGAUCAUACCAGAUUCUACGCAAGGGCUUCAGCAGAUAAUCAAGGGAAUUACUUGUCUAUAUGGAUAUAAUGUAUUGCAGAAACGCAUCUGGGAGCACUACAACAGAUUGUAAAGAUCAUCAAGAGUC